AUGUCACCUCAUCGUUCUAUAUCUUCCACUUCGCCCACAUACGUUGUAGAUGCAUCUUGCGUCGAAACAUCGCCCAUAGGGACAAGCACACAACAUGUAAAUGAUCUAAAAGAUGGCGUUGAUCAGCAGCAGCAGAAAGCGCAUGACGGUGUAGCCUCGGAAGUGGCAACGACUCCCUGCGGACAGGAACCAUUCGAGACCUUCCAGCACAAAGUUGCUGAAUUCGUCACGGAACAUUUUCGCCGAAGCCUUAAGGACAUUGCGAUCUAUGAGAUGACGGGUGGCACAUACAACCGAGUCAUUGGAGUCACGAUAGCAUCAUAUCCAAAGAAGUUUGGAUUGCACUCGUUCUUGACUUGCUGCUUGGGCGCACGCAAGAAGAAAUCGGUCGCAAAGUUCGAUUCGUACAUCGUGCGCAUCCCACGUAUGAGUUUUAGUGGUGACGAUUCGGAUACUCACAUGGCCAAGAAAAUGAAGCACGAAGUUUCAAUUUUGGAGGCGGUCGGCUCACGACUACCCUUGCCGAUUCCUAGGGUCUUCAGCUAUGAUCUUACGACCAAGAAUAUAUGCGAACGACCGUACAUGAUUCAAACGCGCCUCCCUGGCCGUAAUCUUGGUCUGGACUUAUGGAGCCACCUCAAUAUGCAGCAAAUGCAGUGCAUUGCCAAGCAUGUCACCAAUCUUGCUUCCAUCAUCGCCUCAGUCGAAGGCCCUGCUGGUGAUAUAACAUCCGAAAAUCUGUCGCAAUCAUCCACUUCCCCGAUCUGCGUCAACACAUUCUGUGCACCAGCUUAUGACGAUCAGCCAACACGCAAGCCGGCAUUGGCACGCAAGCCCAUCGAUCAUCUUUUGGAGCAAUGCGAGCGGUGGCGCGCAUGGGAAAGGUCCACUGGAUUUUGUUUCGAAGAAGUCUGGGACGGGUUCGAAACAAUUUCAAGGGCUCUGGAAAUGCGCGGCUUCUUAGACGGCCCGUGUGUUCUGGUUCACGGCGAUCUCAAGCCUUACAACCUUCUGGCGGAGGUGCGUAACCAGACUGAAGUGGAUAUCACGGGUGUCAUUGAUUGGGAUUCAGCUAUCAUUGCGCCUGAAUUCAUGGCCUAUAGAGCACCAUUCUGGCUUUGGACACCGGAAGAUAUGGAUAGCGACAAAGAGGACGAAGAAUGUGUGGCGGAUGUUGAGCCUGUUACAGAUGAGGACAGAAUGUUGAAGCAAGUAUUUCUUGACAACGCGUCCGAGAAGUACAAGCUCUAUGCCUUCGCACCAGAGGCGAUGCUGGCUAGACGUAUGUUUUUUAUACUAAGAGAGAGCUUGCGCAGUGAUUGGGAGUUCGAAGAGGCGAAAAGCGUGAUACGGGAGUGGAUUGAACUUCAUCCCGAGGAUGGAGUCCAACCCGUCCCUUCUGAUACGGAUUCUGAACCUGAAUCUGGAUCUGACGACGACCAGGACGACAAUGAGUAA